UGGGCUGCGCUGGCCCGUGCCAGAAAGCCAAAGAGGCGGGUCUCCGAGAAAAGAUAUAAGCGGCCGGUGAACGGUGACAAGGUGCCAGCUGCGGAGUCUCCAUCCGGAAGAGCUGCAGCUGCCCAGAAGGAGGAGAACGCCGAGGCCGGCCGGACAGACGGACGCGCUGACCACCGCCGCCCCCAGCUCGCGCUGCCUCCUGCUCGCGCUGCGCCUCUAAGGUCACUCCUAGCCCGAGAGCCCAGGGUCGAGAUGGAAGCCAUCCAGGAGCUGAUUCCUCUGGCCAGGGAGCUGAUGGCCCAGAAGCGCAAGGGGAAGCUGGUGAAGCUGUACGUGCUGGGCAGCGUGCUGGCGCUGGUCGGCGUGCUGCUCGGCCUGAUGGAGACGGUGUGCAGCCCCUUCACGGCCGCCAGCCGCCUGCGGGACGAGGAGGCGGCGGUCGCCGAGCUGCGCGCCGCCCGGGAGCGGCAGGCUCUCCGCAAGCAAGGCCUGCUGGAGAAAGGCCAGGAGCAGGAGGCCGUCCUCAGCGGCCGGGCCCUCUCUCACCGGCAGCACGCCUCCUAGGAGCCGCCGGAGAGCCGCGGACGGGGAGGGACAGAGAGACAGACGCCCGGAGAGAGCGGGAGCCACGUGCCGGUUGCUGCUGGGACUCACUUGGGAGAAGCCGCUGACAUCUAGAACUGACCUACCAUGGGGAUCCCGCGGAGGAGCCUGGGACUGAGUUUGCUGCUGUGCAGCGCUGCGUUGCGAUAACGCGUCCAACACUGUGUGUCUCGGGGUUAUCUGGAGCCAUGGACCGUUUUGCACUGGGGAGGAAGGAGAAAUGCUUUUUAUAUUAUUAUUGCUAUUAUUAUUGUUAUUAUUAUGA